AUGCCUGCCAAGCUGCUGUUUAACCAGAGCUCUGUGGUGACUGAAUUCAUACUUCUGGGUUUUCCUGUGGUCUGGGAACUGGAUGUCCUCUUCUUCAUUGUGUUUCUCAUAAUCUAUGUACUGACAGUCUCUGGGAAUGUGACCAUCAUCUCAAUCACACUGACUGACUGUCGACUCCACAGCCCCAUGUAUUUCUUCCUUUGCAAUCUCUCUUUCCUGGAUAUCAUGAUGGCAACAGCCAUUGUUCCAAAAAUGAUGAAAGAUUUUAUCUCUUUGGAAAAGACUGUCUCUGUGGCUGGAUGCAUCUCACAAUGCUACUUCUACUUCUUUUUUGGCACUACCGAAGUCAUUCUCUUGGCUGUCAUGUCACUUGAUCGCUAUGUGGCCAUCUGCAUCCCACUCAGAUACUCCACCAUCAUGAGCAUCCAGACGUCCUUCCAACUAGGACUGGCUUCUUGGGCUGGGGGCUUCUUCUCUGUCCUCUCUCCCAUGAUCAUUAUCUCCUGGCUCCCCUUCUGUGGGCCAAAUGUUAUUGAUCACUUUUUUUGUGACUUUGAGCCUUUGAUCAACAUCUCUUGUGCAGAUACCCAUCUCCUCGAGCUGGUGAAGUUUGUAUUGUCCACUGUGGUGCUCCUAUGCUCUCUGCUAUUUACCAUCCUCUCAUAUCUGUACAUCAUCAUCACUAUUCUCCAUAUCCCCUCAUCUUCAGGCUGGAAAAAGGCGUUCUCCACCUCUGCUUCCCAUAUCACUGUGGCUUCCAUAUUCUAUGGCAGUGCCAUCUUCAUGUAUAUAGUGCCAAACAAAGAGCUUUCCUUCAGCCUCAAGAAGGCAGUCACCCUGCAGACAGCUGUUUUCACUCACUUGCUUAAUCCUUUCAUCUACACUUUGAGGAACCAGCAGGUCAGGGAUGCUCUGAGGGACACUACCUCCCACAUCCUAAGGGGUUCAAAUGCUUUCAGAGUGAACUGUAAAUUGAGUAGACAAUAA